GCAAGAGCUCCGAAGAGCUCACCUCGCUGCAGUGCGCAGUGAAGGAGCAGUUUCCAGGGCGCCUCUACUUCAGCGCCCUGGGCCCACCGGAGCUUCUCUGUGCCGCCAGAUCCGUCGAGAUGGUGGCUGUCACCGUCCUUCGGCACACGGCAGAUCCGCUAGGCACCUUCCUCGCCUUUGAGGGCGCCUGCAAGGAAGUUUGCAUCGGCCGGCUGCGCGCCGCGGUGCUGUCUGCAGACUGGGGGCGAGCGCUGCUCCUGUGGGGUGCCCUGCUGGGUCGCGGGCCACCGGGCACGUUCCGCGUGAAGGCGAAGCGAUCGACCAAAGUUGGAAAGGCCCUCGUGUCCUCGGAUGCACUGGCCGAAGAG